ACGCAGUGUAGAUCCGCUCUAGGUCAAAAAUACAAGGCUUCCUGAUAUGGACUUCAGAAAAAAGUAACAAGUUGCUGGGAGGGGCUAUGAGUCAGUGUGUGGGCGAAGGUUUAGGGCAGAAUUUGGAUUGCCAUUGUCUGGCUUCCCAGACUUCAUGGACCCAGGGAAGGUGGAGGCAGUGUCAGGGAGUCUGGGGUGCUUGUGUACUUUUGCAUGAGAGACAGAGACCUAGGAAAGACGAUUUCCUUGUCAAGGCACUAUUCUAUAAGAUCUCAUUCAGAAAUGAAUGGAUUUCACUCUGGUUCCAAAUAUAGUUCAAAAUGUUGUUGACUAUGUCCAAUGUCAAAGCACCUUUGGAAUAGUCUGGCUGCCUAACAGAGCACUUAUUGAUGUACAGUGCUGUUUAUCUAGGAAAAGAUCCAGGACAUUCAACAUGCCUGUAGCAACGCACAGUAUCAACUAGAUACCUGUGCAACCGGCUGUAUAAAUAGUUGCACAAGCGCUUCCACUAACAGUUGCACAAGCACUUAUGAAGUGGAAACAUUUGGUGGAGCUUCCCGAAAACUGUUUGCAUUUGUGUAGUGACACCGGUCAUUGCUACCCUAAACCUCCAGUGCCAGUGGGAAAAUGUUUGCCUCUUCCUACCCCCAUGGAUGCUCCCCGAGUGUCACAUGGGUGUCUGCACUGUGUCCAGGUGGAGGAGGGGUAUGUAGAUGAGUUGAUUCUGGGAGCACUGAGUGGCUGCUGGUUGGGCAACACAAGGCCUACAAAUGUUAGUCAUUAGAGGUUAGGAUGGCCACUUACGCAGAGCCAGAAAGCAGAAGACAGAGGAAGAUACAGAUUGGCAUAAAAUUUGCAUGUGUUUGUCUCCUGUAUCUGCUUUGGAAAACAUGGAAGAACUUAAGGUGCACUCGGACAUGACACGAACUGAACUCGGUGAGGUGGAAGGGAUUCCCCUUACAACGAUGACCUGUGACACAUGGGAUAAAAUCUGGGCUUUCCAAGCCAAGCCUGAUGACCUGCUCAUAGCAUCCUAUGCAAAGUCAGGAACAACGUGGACACAGGAGAUUGUAGACAUGAUCCAACAUGAUGGCGACACUGAGAGAUGUAAACGUGCUUCCACUUACGAUCGACAUCCUUUUAUUGAAUGGGUUUUACACAAGACUUUACCCACCGGCCUGGAUAAAGCUGAAGAAAUGCCCUCACCAAGAACGCUGAAAACUCAUCUUUCCGUACAAUUGGUGCCUCCGUCAUUUUGGGAGCAAAACUGUAAGAUCAUCUAUGUGGCAAGAAAUGCUAAAGACUGUCUAGUGUCUUAUUACCACUUUCACAGAAUGAAUCUAUUGAUGCCUGAGCCAGGAACAUGGGACGAUUUUUUUGAGAAAUAUGUAGCUGGAAAAGUGCUCUGGGGCUCCUGGUACGAUCAUGUAAAAGGAUGGUGGGAGGCAAAAGAUAAGCACCGUAUCCUCUACCUCUUCUAUGAAGAUAUAAAAGAGAAUCCAAGGCGUGAAAUUCUGAAGGUGCUGCAGUUCCUGGAGAAGGACCUGGAGAAGAAAGUUUUAGAUAAGAUCAUCCAUUGCACACAAUUUGAGGUCAUGAAAGAUAAUCCCAUGGCAAACUACACUUCUUUUCCUACAGAGAUAAUGGACCAUUCAAUCUCCCCAUUCAUGAGAAAAGGAGCUGUUGGGGACUGGAAGAACCAUUUCACUGUGGCACAAAAUGAGAAAUUUGAUUCAGAUUAUAAGCAGAAGAUGGCAGGAACUUCUCUAACUUUCCGCAUGGAACUUUAAAGAAAUAAUGCUUCUCUAUUGCCAUAUAAGUACUUUCCACUACUAUGACUGGGAAUAAGUCCCAUUAAACUCAAUGGAGUUUACUUCUGAUAAGACAUUUAUAUGAUUACACUGUAAAAAUCUUAUUUACUGCACUAUCCCACUUUCUCACACUAAUAGUGGUACACUUCCUGGUUAUGAGUUUCUUCAAUAUGAGCUAUGUUGUAGGCAAGCAUCUCAAAUCUAUCUGUAUUUAACACUGCAUUCAGAAACACACUGAUUAAGGCAGCCGUCUCUAGUCUGAUGCCCUACAGGUGUUUCACCUUCCAGCCCAUCAGCCACAACCAACAUGGCCAAUGAUCAGGAAGACUGGGAGUUGUCCAAAACAUCUGGAGGAAACCAGGCUGGGCAAGUCUGGACUAGGGAUAAACCCACAUUGAACUUAGUAGAGAUAUCUGAGUAAAGAUGCUUACAUUCACAAUGCAAGGAUGCAACUGUACUCCAAGCUAAGGUCUGUUUGGUGUUAUGCUGCUGCACAUUUGAUAUCCGUUCAGCAUUAUAUCUGUAUAUGGCCACAUUGCUCCUCUUAGAUCAGAAUUCUAGGUCCACCUAUUGUUGAGUACUCCAGACAAAGCUAGUUCAAGGCUUGAGGGGCCACUCAGCACAGAGCUCUCUAGCAGGCCUCACAUGUUGCUGCCCUGUGUGUCUGCCCCGCCCCCUGACAGCAGGUGACUCCGCCCACCCCCAAAUACACACCCAAUUAUUUCCAUCUAGAUUUAGUGUUGGGUAGGUGGAUGUCUCUCUGGAGGAGGAUUAUUUUAGUAUUCUUCCUCCAUUCCCAUAACAAAAUAAAAUAAAAGCUAAAGCUGUUGGCUGGAAUGUAGAACCUGGAAUAACAUGUAUAUAUCCAAAGGUAAAAUGACAGGGAGGCUAAACAUACAAAGAUAUGGAACCAUACAGCACACAUGGCAGAAGGAGAAACCUGUUCCCUGCCUUCUUCAACAGCUCAGUUGCCAGGCCCAUUCUUAAAAUGGUCAUGACGAUAUAAUCUUUAAGAUGCUGCAAGACUCUUUGAAGUUUUUGCUCCUACAGACUAACAUGGCAGUCUCUCUGGAAAUGCCAACAAUAGUAUCCCUCCUCUCACUGGCAAGUUUAAGUCUCUGUCCCUCUGUACCUACAAGCAAGCUGGCUUCUAUAAAACCUUACUGGCCCCUAAAUGAUGGAAUCAAACUGUUGCACCUUGUGCAUGACAUGGGUUUUUUCUUACUUUAUUUCUUUCAUCCAGCUUCUUUUUAACUGUACGUAUCUGACAAGAAAUGGAUGUUAUUCCACUUUCUUCUUCUAGAUCUGGGAUGUUUGGGAAUCUUUCUUGUGGAAUAUUAAUGUAUUGCAUUUACAUGUAAUGAACUGCAACAAUAAAUAAAACUUCUUGGGGGAAAACUCAGUGACAUACACAAACUGCCCUUUUACAAAAAAGAAAGUCAAACACAUAGAUCUUGAUACCUUCUUUUAAAAAAAAUACUUUAGUAGUGCUUCCCUUCUUUGCAACUCCUGAUAGUAGGGGAAGAACAUAAGAGGAGCCAUUCUGGAUCAGACCAAGGGUCCAUCUAGUCCAGCACUCUGUUCACACAGUGGCCAAUCAGCUGUCAACCAGAGACCCACAAGCAGUACAUAUGUGUGACAACACCCUCCCACCCAUGUUCCCCAGGAAACUAGUGUAUACAGGCUUAUAGCCUCUGAUCAGUUUCAUGGGAUGACUCUGGGUUCUAGUAUUAUGGAGGAAGGAGAAAAAUGUCUCCCUAACCACAUUCUCCACACAAUGCAUAAUUUUGUACACCUCUAUCAUGUCUCCACUUAACCUCCGCUCAGCCUCAAGCUGAACAAUCCCAGCUGUUUUAACUCUUCCUCAUAGGGGAGAUGCUCCAGUCCCUUGAUCAUUUUAGUUGCCCUGUUCUACACUUCGUCCAGCUCUACAAUAUCUUUUUUUAGGUUUGUUGACCAAAAUUGUACACAUUAUUGUUGUUGUUGUUUGUAUCCUGCAUUUCUCCCAAUACUGGGACUCAAGGCGGUUUUACAAAAUUGAAACAUAUACAAUUAAACUAUAUGAAUGAAUGAAUAGUUUAUUUGUUUGUAGCACAAAGACCAUUACAAAAUACAGAAUUGCUCACAUAUAGCAACACACAUUAUUUAAAAUAUUCAAAAUAUCUGAGGUACAAUCCUUUCUUAAACCAUAUAAAUAUAAAUAUACAAAAGUAAAAAAUAUAAUUAAACCAGCUGUC